AUGCUGUCGUAUCAGAAUAUGAAUCAAAGACAGCGUCAGUUGUAUGACAAAGCCAAGAAUGCGAGUGAACUGCUCGAUCUGAAUGAUUACCAGAUUGGCGAUGCUGGAGCUCAGGCGAUUGCAGAGGCACUCAGAGUGAACACGACGCUGACUGAGAUCCGCCUGCAACGGAAUCAUAUUGGCGAUGUUGGAGCGCAAGCGAUCGCUGAGGCACUCAAAGUGAACUCAACGCUGACUACGCUCUAUCUGAGUGGGAAUCAGAUUGGCGAUGCUGGAGCGCAGGACAUUGCCGAGGCACUCAAAGUGAACACGACCCUGGCUGUCUUCUUUCUGCGCCUCAAUCAGAUUGGCGAUGCUGGAGCGCAGGACAUCGCUGCGGCACUUGAAGUGAACAAUGGAAUAAAAAGUCUCAAUCUGCAGGAGAACCAGAUUGCCGAUGUUGGAGCGAACGCGAUUGCUGAAGCACUCAAAGUGAACAAGACGCUGACUUGGCUUGAUUUGUCCCAGAACUUCUUGACCAAUACUGGAAUUAAUGCACUCAGGCAAACUGGCAAUACCAUUUGUCAAUUCAAUUCCUUUUUUGGUCGUCUCGACUCGCAACGUACCCCAUCGCCUGCCGACUUGGCUAAGAUUGCAGCUCGUGCAGCAAGCGCUCAGCUUCAACCUUCUGUCGAUUUUGCAGCUGAAAAUCGGCAAUUGCGCUCCACGUUGGCUGCCAAAGAUCAGGAGCUUGCUGCCAAAGAUCAGGAGCUCGCUGCCAAACCUCAGGAGCUCGAUGGAAAGGAUCAGGGGCUCGCUGCCAAGGACCAGUAGCUGUCAGCUCUUGAUGGAAUUGACAUUCUUGAGUGCAACCAAGUCGCCGGUGAAUCCGCAUCGAACUUUGAUCAACCCAUCCAUGAUGAUUCUGCUGGAACUACGAACUGCAACCAAACCCGGCACUCGCCUGAAAACUGAGACGCGGAAGGCGGUUAAACCAGAAAUUCAUGGCGAUGCUGGACUCUGCCCUCAAACCAACCGAAACCGAUCAGCAGAGUGUCAGCGAGUUCGUCACUCUUGCACUCGAGUGUCUUGAAGCAGCUGCUGACGAUCGCCCGUCCUUUGGUAG